AUGCUGCGCAUCACGCUGCUUUCCGGGGAAGAGCUGGCAAGCCUUCCUCUCUCCGAGCAAAGUGACGUGAAGGAACUGAAAAAGCGAUUGCAACAGCAGUACGGCCUGCCGCCGCGAUUCAGACAAAGGCUUCUUCACGAAGGCAGUGUUGUGGAUGAAGUUGCGAGCUUGGACUCCCUAAGGGAUCUGCAGGUCUUGAUACUGCCCUUCGCCGAGACUUCCCAGCGCCAUCGGAAAAUGCUUAUGGACGCUGCCUGCAACGGCUGGGCUAAAGCCGAGGUUGAAGCACUUCUGCAGCUCCCCAUGGAUCCGGACGCCCGGACUGGAGCCGAUGAUCGUUCGCCCCUGAUGUGGGCAUCCCUCUUCGGCUACGUUGAUGUGGCACUGCUGCUUCUGGAAGCCGGGGCUCAAGCGGAUUGGUGCGACCACGAUGGCGAUACUGCGCUGAUGUAUGCGGCAACCAAUGGUCAUGCCCAAGUCGUGAAGCUAUUGCUCGAAGCUGGCGCUCAGAAAGAUUUGCGCAGCAAGGACGGUUGGACAGCUUUGAUGCACGCAGCAUGGAACGGUGAUCCACAAGUCGCGCAAUUGCUCUUGGAGGCCGGUGCAAACAAAGACUUGAGCGACAGUCGCGGCCAUACGCCGCUGAUGCUGGCGACUGAGGCGGGCCACAAUGAAGUUCGGCAGUUGCUGCUCUCAGAGGGCGGUCCUUCGCCCUGA